AUGCUUGCCUGGGUGGUGAUUCUGCCAAUCGGUGUGAUGCUGAGCAUCGCCCGUUCGCGCCUCGCCGUCUCGUCUCAGUUCGUCUUCCUCGUCGUUAAUGCGUUCGCACUUCUCUUGGGUGUCGUCUAUAACCACCAGACUCCGGAGCUAUAUGAGAACAAUGCACAUAGCAAGAUCGGAUGGAUAAUAACCUGGGUUGCCUCCGCCUGGACCAUGAUGGCUCUCAUCCAGCUCUACACGGCACGGACGAAGGCGCCCACUUUGGAGAACCAUGCCGGCCAACCCUUGAAUGCGGCAAACAUGGCCCAAUACCAGCGCGUGCAAGAUGCGCAACUUCCGGAACCGUCCAGGUGGUCAAACGACUCGGGUCAAGGCACUGAGCGAAAUUCGGCGUCACUGUACAGCCACUCUAGAUCCCCUAGCGUGGAAUCGGAAGACCAACAGUUCACUGGUCCGACGCGCAGGUACACGCAUGAUGACGAGGAAGCCUUUGAUGAUGACUCUGAGAAACGUGGCUUCCUGCGAGGCACUGCCGUGGACAGAUUCAUGUCGCGCAACGUGGCACGGUUUGCCGUGGGCCGACCGCUAAAGUACCUUCGCUUCCUUUACGUCUUAAUCGAUCGCACGAUCCUGGUUCUCGGAUUUGUGGCCAUUUGCACCGGCACCGUUGUGUAUGGAGGCAUCGGCCACGGAGGUGCUGUCUUCAAUGUGCUAGCACACUACAUCAAAGGCGGAAUCUUCUUCGGAUACGGUUUACUUACACUCGGUCGAUGGAUGGGCACAUUCGCUGAUUUCGGUUGGGCUUGGAAUGUGAAACCGCCCAAGGAGGUGGCGGGUCGUCGGCGGGCGGCUAUACCAUCUGCCGAGUUCACCGAAUCCUUUGUCAUCUGGCUCUACGGCUGCACUAACGUCUUCCUGGAACAUUUGGCAGCAUGGGGCGACGCCUGGACGGCGCAAGAUCUGGAGCAUGUUUCCAUCUCGGUGAUGUUCUUUGGUGGCGGUUUGUUGGGCAUGAUUAUCGAAUCACAGAAGAUGCGGAAUCUGCUCAACAACGCAGUCGUUUCUAGCCAACCGCUGUCACAGCAUCACGAUGAGACAUGGCAGCCACCGCGACAGUACCGCUGCUCCAUGAACCCGAUACCCGGCCUCAUUAUCCUCCUCCUUGGCAAGAUGAUGAGCUCCCACCAUCAAGCGUCGCAGCUCUCUACCAUGAUUCACACGCAGUGGGGAGGCAUGUUCAUGGGCUUUGCUCUUGCGCGUGCGCUCACCUACAUCACCUUGUACAUCUCGCCUCCGACGUCCUAUCUCCCGUCGCGCCCGCCGACCGAGCUCAUCACUUCCUUCUGCCUCAUUGCUGGCGGCAUCACGUUCAUGGUGAGCAACAAGGACACCGUCGCCGCCCUUGAAUCCUACGACCUUGACGCCAUGUUCACCUUUACCGUUACUAUGGGCCUCACCGCUCUCAUCAUGGCAUGGACUACCUUCACGGUCGCCAUCAAAGGCUGGGCGGUACGGAAGGAGAACUCCAGCGUCUGCGCGAAGACCAGCGCCGGUGUGCUGGCAUGA